AUGAUUACCAUAUGGUACAAAAACAUGAUGACAUCCCUAUGGCCAAGUGUGAAGACUUCUCUCAUUCUCGCGGAUGCCGCAGCCAUUAAGGUUCCGAAGUCCUCAACUUUACGAGUCAUGCAAAUGCUGAAAAGGAGUGCCCAGGAAGUAACUACGUCCCGUGCACGCUUUCCCAAACCUCUCGAAGAUUACGAGCCGCUCAAGAUAUUCGGCCCAAGUAUUCUCACUUCGGAAGGAGAGGAAUGGAAGAGAUACCGAAAAGUAGCUGCACCUGCUUUCUCCGACCGAAACUACAAGAUGGUAUGGGACGAAACUGUUAGAGUUGUAAACGGAUUUUUUGACACAGCCUGGGGAGAUCAAGAGAUCGUCGUCGUCGACCAUUGCGUUUCGGACAUCACGUUGCCAAUAUCCCUUUGCAUCAUCUGUGCCGCUGGUUUCGGUAAAAGACUUGAAUGGAAUGAUGACUUAACCCCAAUUCCCCAGGGACAUAAGAUGUCAUUCAAAGAAUCCAUUGAGAUUGUCUGUUCGAAAUUUGGUCACCGAGCCACGUUUGCGGAUUGGUGGCUUAACCUCACAGAGGAUGGGUGUAGGAUCAAGCUUGCGUUCGAUGAAUUGGAAGUUUACAUGUUUGAGAUGAUCAAAGAACGUCUUUCCAUGGGCAAAAGGGAGCAUAGCGACCUGUUUAGCAAUCUUCUUGCCUCCAGUUUCAACGAUGAGUUUGGGGCUACAGCACUAACUGAAGCUGAGCUAAUUGGAAAUAUCUUUGUAUUCUUAUUUGCUGGUCAUGAGACUACAGCCCACACUUUGUGUUUCACUUUUGCACUUCUCGCUCUCUACCCUGACGAGCAGGAAAUACUUUUUCAACACAUCAAAUCCGUGUUAAGUGACGGCCGGACGCCGUCUGGGUUGUUAAACGACGCCGAUGCUAUCAUUCUCCGCCUGAACAAGGCUACUUUUCUUUUGAAACAAAGCGCAGAGGAUACCACAUUGAACGCGAGUAACAGCCGUGGUGAAAAGACCACCAUUCCUGUCCCCAAAGGAACACAACUCCAAAUAAGUGCCCCCGGAGUUCAUUAUAAUCCGCGGUACUGGGAAGACCCCCAUGCGUUCAAACCGUCACGCUUCUUAAAUCCCGAUUGGCCACGCGACGCAUUCAUUCCGUUUAGCGCCGGUCCUCGCGCGUGCAUCGGACGGAAGUUUGUUAUUCCCCGUUUCCAUCAAUUAACACUCCAUGGCCUAACGGAUUUGCGUCGUAGAUUCUUUGAAACGGAGGGCAUAGCCAUUCUCACAAUGCUUGUAACAAAAUACAAGAUUACCGUCAAAGAGGAGCCCCAAUUUGCUGGCGAAACAUUUGAGCAAAGGAAGGAGAGAAUCAUGAAAGCGAUCGGAGCUAUAACGUUGACGCCAAUCCGUGUCCCUCUCGUCUUCAGUCGGAGACAUUGA